AUGGCCGAAAAUCUUGGAGGUUACAAGAUCCGGAUCCCACCGUUCCAUGACAACAACAAUCCUGAUGAGUACAUGGACUAUGAGAAGAAGUGUGAGUUCAACUUCAACUUACACAACAUAUCCAACUUCAACAUAGUCAAACUGACGGUCUCAGAGUUCAAUGACUAUGCGCUAAGGUGGUGGGAACACGUCGUGACCGCGAGACAGAUUGGUGGAGCUCUUGAAGUCUCUACUUGGGAAGAGAUGAAAAGAAUCAUGAGGCAGAGGUUCAUUCCUAGCUAUUAUCAGAGAGAGCUACAUUCUAAGCUCAGGAGGCUCACUCAAGGAACCAAAACUGUUGAGGAAUACUUCCAGGAGAUGGAGGUUAUGAUAUUGAGGGCUAAUGUUAUUGCAGACAGAGAGGCCACUAUGUCUCGGUUCAUUGGAGGGUUAAACCGCGAGAUCCAUGAUGUGGUGGAAAUGCAAAACUGUGUGGGCUUAGAGUCUAUGCUCCACAAGGCCGUCCUUGCUGAGCAACAGCUGAAGAGAAAGACACCCUCACGCUUUGGAGCUGAACAACGCAGGCCGAUGUAUCCAAGAGACUCCAAACCGGCGUUCACACCAAAAUCUGAGCCAAGAGGAACCUCUUACAGUCAAGACAAGGACAAGAGCAAGACCAGCUCAACUCCUGGCCCUAGAGCUCGUGAGCUUAAGUGCUUCAAGUGUCAAGGCUUUGGACACUAUGCCUAUGAAUGCCGCAACAAGAAGAUGAUGAUUAUAAGAGACAAUGGAGAAGUGGAGUCUGAAGAAGAGAUCAUUGUCUACAAGCCAGAGCAAGAGCCUGAGCAGGAAGAGUAUGAGGCCGUUCCUGUCAUAGGAAAGCUCCUGGUUGCCAGAAGGAUCUUAAGCGCUCAGGUCCAAACUCCAAAGGAAGCCCAGAGAGAGAAUCUCUUCCAUUCACGCUGUCUUGUCCAGGAGAAGGUGUGCAAUCUCAUUAUUGAUGGAGGAAGCUGCACUAAUGUGGCUAGUGAGGCCAUGGUUGAAAAAAUUGGUCUUGUGACUCAGAAACAUCCCAAGCCAUAUCAGUUGCAAUGGAUCAAUGAGACUGGAGACAUGAGUGUGAAAGAGUAA